UAAAUUUGUACUCAUGUAUUUACUUAUAUUAGAGCUAUUAAAUAUCGGUUAUCCAUAUCUACUAAUUUAUUCUUAUCUCGACAUGCUUUUAAAUAAAUUACCACAUCAAAUAAAUUAGGAAUCAACCAAUUCAGAAAGAGUGUGGUGUAAAGUAAAUUUGUAGAUAAUUCAGUUGAUUUGUGAAAGUCGCGAAGGUUCGGUUCAUUCGAGUCUAUUGCUUUAGAUUUGUUUCAAUUAUGUCAGAAAAGAAGAUUGGAAUUAUUGGAAGCGGGUUGAUAGGCAGAUCAUGGGGCAUGAUAUUCGCUGCGGCAGGUUGGCGAGUUUCGCUGUACGACAUCGAGCCCAAGCAAAUCGAGACUGCCCUCGCUGAUAUCAAUCAGCAACUAAAGACUUUGGAAAAGGAGAAACUACUAAGAGGAACUCUUAGUGCGGAUCAGCAAUUCGCUCUAAUUUCAGGCACUACUAAAUUGGUCGAAUGCGUCAAAAAUGCAACGAUGCUUCAGGAAUGCGUUCCGGAAGUCUUGGAAUUAAAAAAGAAAGUAUGGAAGCAAGUUGACGAAGUCAUGGAUGACUCUACCAUAUUAUCUAGUUCCACAUCAACUUUUUUGCCAUCCCUAAUAAGCGAGGAAUUAAAACACAAGAAAAACUUCCUAGUUUCGCAUCCCGUGAAUCCCCCUUACUACGUUCCAGUGAUAGAAGUCGUUCCAGCUCCUUGGACCGAUUCAGAUGUAGCCAAAAAAACCCGCUCCAUAUGGGAAGAAGUCGGGCAAACUCCGGUAUCGCUAACGAAAGAAGUACCCGGUUUCAUCAUUAAUAGGCUCCAGUACGCGAUUCUAAACGAAACCUGGCAUUUGGUCACCGAAGGCGUAUUGGACGUUAAAGAUAUAGAUAAAAUUAUGUCCGAUGGUUUGGGAAUGAGAUACGCUUUCUUGGGUAUGCUCGAGACAACCCAUCUGAACGAGCACGGUUUCAUAAACUAUUGCAAAAGAUACGCCGAUACCAUCUACGCUGUCAGCAAAGAUUUCAAACCGCCCUGCAAGUUCGAAGGUCCACAUGUGCCUGUAAUUGGAAAGCAAUUGGAGUCGGAUGUGCCUUUAGAUAAGCUACAGGAGAGAAGAAACUGGAGAGACUUGGCAUUGACUAAGCUGAGUCAACUAAAGAAAGAUAUGAACAAACUUAAGUAGUAGCAGAAUGUGCCUUAUUUUGAUAUAA